AUGACAUCAACAUUAGUUGAUUAUCCACGUAUCACUGAUGUGUCUGGAAAGGAUACCGAGGAGCUGGAGGCCAGUGAGAUGGGCAAGAGAGUGGUUGAUGCAAUCAAGAAGAAUCCAAUGCAAAUCAUUCCAUUCUGUAUGAUGUGCAAUGCGUUGGACAUCAAGGAUCCAUUCCAAGUCGUUGCCGAUAUCAAGAAGGAUGGCCUCAAAGUUGACAAAGAAGAUAUCAACAUCAUCUUCCAAUCAGUCAUUGGAUGUAUCCCAGUGAUUGGAUCAUUGAUGCAAGGUGUGUUCCAGUUGUUUUGGAAACGUGCAUCCCCAGCUGAUGAGGUAACAAAGGAGGAGUUGGACAAGAAGUUGUCAGAGUUGAAGAAGGAGAUCAUUGGAAUCAUUGAUUCAAAGAUCAAGGACAGUGAGAUCAGAAUGUGGACUGAUAUCUGUGGCACUGUUCUGGAGAACUUGAGGGGCUCCUGUGGUGAUAUGAAGUCUGACCUGGCUGCGUUGGUCUACAAGCUGGAGCAUAAUGAAGUGAUCAAGGCUGACUUCCUAUCAGACAUCCGAACCAAGAUUGCAUUGGUUCGCGAUCACAGUCGAGCCCUGAAGAACUUCUGUGCCAAUCCCAAGUACCUUCAAUUUGUCGUCAAGUUUUAUGUUGAAGCAUUGUUUGUGGAUAUCUCAUUGCAUGGACUGAUCAAUGCCUUCUGGUAUCAACUCAACUAUGAUGAGAUAUUUGUGUCGGGAAGGAAGCCGGACAAGUUAUCACCAAAUGGUGUCAAGUCCAACUCUGAGAAGUUGCAUGAGAAGAUCACACGAGGCCUUUCACUCAUCGCCUACCACGCACACCCCAAUGAUGGAUACGAUGGCUUCAAGGAUACUGCCCACUUGUUGCUCAAGAGUGAUGUGUUCAUGUAUCCAGUGCCACUGAUCAUGUACAACGGAGCUAAUGACAAGGAGAUGUUUGAGUCUAUCCCUGAAGAUGGUGUGCCAGAGAAGGAGAUCAAGUUGCCAAACAUGCCUAGCGCCUACAUCAUGAGGAUGGAUGGCAGGGACUUGUUCAGGCAUAGCUUUAACAAGUCUGGAUUGGGCGAUUACCGAAUGGAGAGAGGAGACUGGGUUGAACCCAUCACUCUCUGCCAAGGCAACCCGUAUUCAUUGGUCGAGAUGAGGAACUACAUCAUCACUCUGGACCAGCCCAGGAACAUCACACUUCGUUUCUACGGCCAGUAUGAGAAUGAUCAGAAGAUUAUUGAACUGACUGGAUCUGAUGGAGAUGGCAACCCAUUCAAGUUUGAGUUGAACCCCAUCAAGUACAAGUAUGGAGCACUAAGAUCCUAUCCCCAGGGCAACACAUAUGAUGGCUCUACCAAUCAAAGGUUUGUGUUCAAGUCUGGAUUUGCUGUGAGCAAGACCUUCAAGAAUGUUACUAUUAUGGAUUUCAAGAUCACCGCAAUGUCAUACCAGAGCCACUUAUUCUUUGUGGAGUUCAUGGUCGUUCCAGAACCAUCAAUCAUAGCUGAGGCUGCGGAAGGAGACCAGGAAGAGGACGAGGAGGAGGAGGAAUUUGGUGAGGAGGAUCAAGUUCAGGAGGAGGACGAGAACUAUUGGUGGGAGGAGUCGGACGAGGACGAGCAAUAG